GAGGAAUGUCCGUUGCAGUAGAUGGGACAGUAAGCGGUAAGAGGUUAAGAUCAGUCGGGCUGACUAUGCUGCACGUCAAAAUCAAGACCGAAAAACCAGAUGCGGAUACAGCUAGCGCCCGAAGCCGUUUGGAUGCGGUACUACAGGGACUGGUGGAGAAGAGCGACAGCGAGAGGGAACAGAAUGAAGAUGAUUCAGGAAAGACAGCAACAGACUCUUUGAGCAAGGAUUUGUCUCCUUCUUCCACUGGAAAGCGGCCUUCUUCCCGAUUUCCACAACACCGGCGGAAGAAACGAAAGGAGAUGGAUGAUGGGCUGUCAGAGAGCAACCAGCACAAACAGAAUGCCUACGUUAUCAAGCUAUUUGACCGCAGUGUGGACCUGGCCCAGUUCAGCACCAGCACCCCUCUCUACCCCAUCUGCCGGGCCUGGAUGCGAAACAACCCCUCCGUUAGGGAGCGAGCCGCCUCCCCCAGCCCUCCCCACAGUGUGGGAGAGGACGAGGUAGUGGACAUGUUGAAUGGGAAGGGGCAGAAUGUCUACCGGCUUCCUCCUCCCUCUCCCUGCCCACUCGGCCCCUCUGGAGACCCUGUCAACCUGCGCAUCCCACUCACAGACAAGCCAACCGCCAGCAAGCCAUCUGAAUCCGCCCCCGUGUCAACACCUUUGAUCUACAGCCACAUGGAACGCUGGAAAAAAAUUAGACAGAAAUGGAAAGAGGCUUCAAACAAGAACCAACUGAGAUACAGUGAAAGCAUUAAGAUCCUGAAGGAGAUGUAUGAACGCUAGCUAAUCCCACCGCCCACUACUGCCUUCUAGAGGGGAAUGAAGGACAGAAAGGGGGAAGGAAAAAGCCAAAGGGCAUUGCAACCUAGCAACCUGGAGCAGAUAGCAGCUCCAUCUGAUGACAGGCACAACUCCAACUCUGCAAUUCAAUGCUGCAAUUUUUAGAUUCUUUAAAUGACAGUAUUGGUGUAAUAAAGUACCAC